AUGUACGUCUUGGGAGAAAAGUUGAUCGACCGCACAUUCCAGAACGAUGUCGUCGACGCCAUAAUCUACCGCCAUAUCACUGCGCGACUGAGUCAAAAGCCCCUGCGCUACAAAGUACCUGAUCUGGAAGCUAUCGGAAUCAUUUACAAGGGCGCUCCGAGGAAAGCCCCGGUGAUACGUCUCCUGGUGGAUCUGUGGGCUUUCAACAUGGACUCCUCUUGGGUCACGAAGACGAGACUUCGAGCGCCAGAGAACAAACCUUUUCUGGAUGACCUCUUACCGGCACUGUUAGACAGGCGAGGACUACCGGAUGCUUCCCAAGCUAGGCCAUGGAUCUCGCAACGAAGUUUCUAUUACAACAAGGGUGUCGUGAUCAAGAGCGAAAUGCCGGAAGACAGGGGCGGCGAGGCAAUCUCUGAGCCUUCCAUCAAGGAUGAGCCUUCCGAUGAGGAGAAACCUUUCGUUACGAACGAGCCUUACGUUGAGGAUGAAACUCAUAUCAAGGAAGAGCCUUCUAUGAUAGAUGAGCCCUUCAUCAAGGACGAGCCUUCUAGUGAGGAAGAGCUUUCCAGCGAGGAAGAAUCUUCCAGCGAAGAUGGAUCACCCAGCGAGGAUGAGCGUUCCAACAAGACUGAUCCUUCUGUCCAGGAGGAGGUGGACGUCAUUGAUGCAUUCUGGGGCAUGUAG